AACACACGAUGCUUGUGAUCAACACUAUAUAAAUAACUCCCUUCUAUCUGCAUUUUCAACAACAAUACUCAGCGGUUUAUAAUUCCAACCCCAAUUUCUUAUAUAUAUUUUCCCGAUUUCCCGAUCGUUUCACGUUGACUGUGUUCUGAUCACUUUUGACCUUUUUUACGUCACCACCGAUUAUCAAUCGGAUUGAAAUCAGUUGUUCAAUAGGAGAUGGAUACGAGUAAUUGGAGGCCUACUCAAGGUCCAAGUGGUGCUGUUGGCGACUCCAUGGAAUCUGGUGAUUGGAGGGCUCAGCUGCAAGCAGAUUCACGGCAGAGGAUUGUGAACAAGAUAAUGGAUACCUUGAAGAGGCAUCUUCCAUUCUCUGGACAUGAGGGGCUACAGGAACUUAAGAAAAUAGCUGUGAGGUUUGAAGAGAAGAUUUAUACUGCCGCUACAAGCCAGUCGGAUUAUCUGCGUAAGAUAUCUUUGAAGAUGCUGACAAUGGAGACUAGAUCGCAAAAUCCCAUGCCAGAUGCUUUGCAGGCGAACUCUGCUGCUAAUAGUAUAAACCCCUCUGAUCCCGGUUCUCAAGUCAUGCCACAAGUGAAUAACCAAGGGCAGCAGCUUCCGAUUCCAGUGCCCUCCAAUCAUGCUCAAACAGGACAGCAGAUGAUGUCAAUCCAAGGUUCUUCUGGUUUAUCAUCUGCAUUGCCACCUGGCAAUGGCUUACCACAAUCCACAAUGGCAAAUGUUGUUGGCCAGAAUCCAAACUUGCAGAGCAUUCAAAACAUGCCUGGAGUUCAACAAGGUUCUGUGGGAAAUGCAAUGGGCCCCAAUAGUUUUGCAAAUCAAAGACAGAUACCUGGAAGGCAACUUGCUCCUCAACAGCAGCAGCAGCAGCAGCAACAGCAGCAGCAACAGCAAUCUCAAAAUUCACAGUAUCUUUAUCAGCAGCAGUUACAUCAACUUGCAAAGCAGAAGCUCCAGCAGACAAAUAUCACACCUGCUAUGCAAUCACACAUUCAGCAACAACAACAGAAUUUGUUGCAACCAAAUCAUCUACAAUCAUCUCAACAGUCUGGUAUGCCACCAACAAUGAUGCAAACACCUUCUCUCUCUACAAGCGUUCAAACUCAGCAGCCAGUUGCACCACAGUCUUCACAAGGGUUGAUGAACCAUCAACCGGUAAUGAGGCAGCAAAGACAGCAAUUACAACCAAACCAGCAGCAACAGACACAGCCGAACGCAAUGGGGCAGCAGCAGGCAAAUGCUACAAACAUGCAACAAACCCCACUCAUAGGACAACAAAAUAGCUAUUCUGAUGUAUCGCAGCAGCAGAGGUUGAUGAGCCAACAAAAUAAGCUUUCAAGUGUACAGCAGCCACAACAACAUAUGGUUGGGCAACAUAACAGUCUCACUAGCAUGCAACCGCAACAAAUGGGCUCACAAAGUAAUGCGUCUGGUCAGCAGCAGCCGAUACUUGGAAAUCAAUCUAGUAACUCAAGCAUGCAAACCAAUCAACAUACAGUGCAGCACAUGCCGCAUAUGCAGAACUCGACAAAUUUGUUGCCAACGCAAGUUCAACAAUCACAGUCACAGUUACAGCAGCAGGCAAUGCCACAUAUGCAAUCACAGUCUGGCCAGUUGCAGCAGCAGGUGGGUAUGCAACAACCACCAAAUCUGCUGCAACGAGAUAUGCAACAAAGGCUUCCGACAUCCGGUGGCUUUCAGCAGCAAAAUGUAAUUGAUCAGCAGAAGCUAUUUCAACAACAAAGACCAAUGCCAGAGGCUUCAUCGACAUCAUUAGAUUCGACAGCUCAGACGGGCAAUCCAAAUGGUGGAGAUUGGCAAGAGGAAGUUUAUCAAAAGAUAAAAGCCAUGAAGGACCUGUAUCUACUAGAUUUGAAUGACAUGCACCAGAAAAUUCUUGGCAAAUUGCACCAGCAUGAUUCUCUUCCCCAGCAACCGAAGAACGAGCAACUAGAGAAACUGAAAGUAUUUAAAAAUAUGUUGGAGCGUUUCAUGCAAUUUUUACAAAUCCCAAAGCAUGGUAUAAUGGCUAAUUAUAAAGACAAGUUGGGUACUUAUGAGAAGCAGAUUGUUAAUGUCAUCAACUCAAAUAGGCGGAAACCUGCACCCACACAGCAACAACAAGCGCUUCCGCCUCCACAUAUGCAUUCUAUGCAACAAUCACAACAAUCACUUUCUCAGAUGACACAAGUGCCAUCACAUGAUAAUCAGAUGAAUUUGCAGGGUUCUAUGGCAUCAAUGCAACAGAAUAAUAUGGGAAAUUUGCAGCAAAAUUCUGUCCCGUCAAUGUCAGGGGGUUCAAAUGCUCAACAGAACAUGUUGAACUCUUUACAGCCCAGUUCUAAUCUUGACCCAGGCCAAAAUAGCAGUAUGAACUCUCUACAGCAGGUCUCUGGUGGUUCUCUACAACAAAAUACCGUGAGUGGGCCCCAACAAGGAAGCAUAAAUCCAAUGUCAUUACAACCGAACUCCAAUAUGCUUCAACAUCAGCAUAUAAAACAACAGGAACAAUUGCUUCAAAGCCAGCAAUUGAAGCAAUUUCAACAUCGCCAAAUGCAGCAACAAUUUAUGCACAAACAACAACUCCUGCAGCAACAGCAGCAGCAGCAGCAACAACAAUUCCACCAACAAACAAAGCAACAACCGAGUGGGCAGUUGCAAGGAAACCAACUAGCCCAGCUUCAACAGAUGAACGAUGGCGGUGACGUAAAACCUAGACAGCAGAUGGGUGUGAAACCAGGUGCUUUUCAGCAGCAUCAUGUUGCAGCAGCACAACGUUCAGCUUAUCACCAACAACUGAAACCAGGUGCUCCAUUUUCACCUCAACUCCUAUCAGCUGCUUCUCCACAAUUGUCACAGCAUGCAUCUCCGCAGAUCGACCAAUCCAGCAUGUUCAAAUCUGCAAAUUCACCAUUUGCUGUGCCUUCUCCUUCAACUCCCUCCGCAUCUCCUAUCCCUGGGGAGUUCGAGAGAUUAAGUGGUGGUGUUUCUUCUCUAUCAAAUGUUGGGAACGUGGGACAUCAACAAACAUCUGCUGCAGUUUUACCUACUCAAUCUCUUGCUAUAGGCACACCUGGAAUAUCCGCGUCUCCUCUACUUGCAGAGUUCACUGGUCCAGACGGAAACCAUGGUGUUGUGCCAUCAAUUGGAUCAGGAAAGUCCAGUGUUACAGAACAGCCCCUAGAACGCUUACUCAGAGUGGUAAAAUCGAUUUCACCAAAAGCUUUGAGUGCCUCAGUUAGGGACAUUGGUUCAGUAGUUAGUAUGAUUGAUAGAAUUGCAGGAUCAGCACCAGGUAAUGGAUCUAGGGCUGCAGUUGGUGAGGACUUGGUUGCCAUGACAAAAUGUCGCCUCCAGGCAAGAAAUUUUGUCACUCAAGAUGGAACCAACGGUGUGAGGAAGAUGAAACGCUUCACGAGUGCAAUGCCAUUGAAUGUUGUAUCAUCUGCUGGCAGUGUAAAUGAUAGUUUCAAACAGUUGAAUGUUGGUGAGACUUCUGAGCUCGAUUCAACUGCAUCAUCUGCAAUCAAAAGGCCCCGUGUCGAGACUAAUCAUGCCCUUAUGGAAGAAAUAAAGGAAAUAAAUCGGGGUCUCAUUGACACUGUGGUGGAUAUCAGUGAGGAAGAUGUUGAUCCAGCUGCAGCCUCUGCGGUUUCAGAGGGUGGUGAUGGAAUCGUGGUUAAAUGCUCAUUUAGUGCUGUGGCUCUUGGUCCAAACUUGAAGUCACAAUAUGCUUCAGCACAAAUGUCACCUAUCCAACCGUUACGAUUGCUUAUUCCUGCAAACUAUCCAAAUUGUUCACCAAUACUUUUGGAUAACUUCCCAGCCGAAGUCAGCAAGGAGUUCGAGGAUCUUUCGGUAAAGACCAAGUCAAGAUUCAGUAUAUCUCUCAGAAGCCUUUCACAACCUAUGUCCCUUAAAGAUGUUGCAAAAACUUGGGAUGUUUGUACCCGUGCUGUUGUUUCUGAGUAUGCUCAGCAAACUGGUGGUGGCACUUUCAGCUCAAAGUAUGGUACAUGGGAGAACUGCCUAAGUGCUGCAUAAUGCUCUCUUUGCUUAAAGUUAAUAUGACGACCACAGCAAGUAUAUUAUUAUUAUUAUUAUUAUUAUUAUUAUUAUUAGGUCGGCCAUUGAUUUAUGUUUUGUUGCAAGCUCGGUGCUUCUACAUUUGCUUUUUGAACAAAUAGUCCACAUAUCUAGACUUUUCACAUUGUAUAAUAUCUUAGGUACACCUGUUCAUAUUUAUGGAACUUUACUCUUACAAUUUGUUUU